UUAUCACAAACAAAAACAAUUUAGAAUAAAGUGAUUCAUUUUCCAAGUUUUGUUAUCGAUUUCAGCAGUCCAGAGAAAUGGGAAAGCUUCAAAAGUGUUAAUUAUUAAUUUUAGUUCAUACAGUGCAAAAAUCUGCAGAAAACCAGGCCAAAAUGGCUUCCAUGUUCGAUCAGUAUUCGUCGGCGUUGAUCCGCGAAAACACCAAUGAACCGGAUCCAUCGAAUCGGCCCCAAUCGUCGGGAUACGUGAGCGUCCGCAUCAAGAAGGAGCCUCCCAUUUUUUCGAAGCAAAAAAUGAAUCUGAAUCUGCCGGCUGGGAUUCUGUUCCUCUCGGUGCAGAACGAUUGGAUCAUCAUACUGAUGACCAAUCUGACGAUCCUCCGGAUGAAUAUCAAACAGCCGGAUAAGUUUACCGAGGUCCCGAUCGAAAAGUAUGUUGGGGGAUUUAAGUCGUGCAACCUGUUCCUGGAUCCACUGGGGGCCCAUCUGUUCAUUACGCUGUCGCCGAAAACACCGGGACUGACGCACGAAGUCCUCUAUCUGCAGCGAAACAGCUUCAAGCCAAAGUUUAUUCCAAAGUUGAAGGAUCAGGAAAUAACGGCCAUAGGAUUCAACUAUCUGAACAAUUCGGAUAUGAUGACGGGUCCCAUUUUGCUGGGUACGAGCAAGGGAAUCAUCUGGGAAGCCGACAUCGGUAUAGACGGUGGUGAUAAGCUAGUUCAGCAGAACAUCCGACAAGUGUUCGACAUGAGGCGCACCGAUGGCAAACCAAAUCCAAUAACGGGAAUCGAGUUUCACAUGCGACGGGCACAGAAGGACACCCACUGCAUGAUCCUGGUGCUAACGUUGGAGAGAAUAUACAAAUUUCACGAUACGCUCUCACCGUCGGAUUCAAAAAUGGCGCCCGGUCAGCUGCAGAAGGUGUUCGAGCCUUAUUUGAACAUUCCCGAGGAUUGCGUGUCCAACUUUCAGAUCGUGAGAAGUCAACUGAACUACUCCAAGUUGGCGUUCAACCACGAGGAGGAUUUCCCGAAGAGCUUCGGUUGCCUGACCGAGGACGGAGUCAACUUUCAGGAGAUAAACCCCAAAACGAACAUCUUGGAGUUCGUCCCGGAGGAGCUGAUUUCGUACCCUGCGCAGGAUGACAUUGCUCAGCAGCAGCAGCAGCCGGAGGCUUCCUACAAGGUGACUCCGAAGCUGAACACUCCGCUGUCGUUUGUGCUGACGGAUUUCCAUGCGAUUUUGCUGUACGUGGACCACGUGACGGCCAUUUCGCUGCUGAACUAUCAGGUCGUCUACGAGGAGUACUUCGUCGAGCAGUACGGCAAACUGUGCAACGUGGUGAAGGAUGUGCGCUCAAACGUUACGUACGUGUAUAGUAAUAAGAUGAUUUUCCGAUAUAAGAUCAACAACGAACAACGCAACGCAUGGCGUCUCUAUGCCGAUAGACAGAAGUUCGAUCUGGCGCUACAGUACUGCAACGAUAACCCUGCCCAUCGGGAUAUUGUUCUGGUUAAGCAGGCUCAAUCCUACUUUGACGUCGGGGAAUACUUGGAAGCGGCUCGAAUCUACUCGGACACGCAGCUAAGCUUCGAGGACGUUUGCCUAAAGUUUCUACAGCGUAGCGAAAACGAUGCCCUGAUGCUGUAUCUGAAGAAUCGUUUGGCCAAGUUGAAGUCGCAGGAGAAGACUCAGAUUACGAUGCUUAUCGUCUGGAUGGUAGAACUGUAUUUGGUGGAAAUUUCGCGGAGCGCAGGAGAUAACGCGGAACGGGAGAAGAAGCUCCAGAAGGAGUUUGAUGCCUUCAUGCAGACCGCCAUUGUGAUCGAUUGCAUGAAGAAGAAUCGAUCGGUCAUUUACGAUCUGAUGGCGUCGCAUGGGGACAGUCACAAUCUGGCAGCGUUGACAACAAUCCAUCAGGACUAUGAAAGUGUGAUCCAACAGUAUAUCAAUCAAAAUAGGUUUGACGAUGCUUUGGCGGUGCUUCGAGCUCAAAGUCGCCAGGAACUGAUCUACAAGUACGCUCCCAUAAUCAUGGAAGAACUACCCACGGAAACAAUUGGCGUGCUAAUCAAUCAAGGAAAACGACUAGAUCCUAUCAAGCUAAUUCCUUCUCUGUUAUGCUUGGAGAGCCCCAAACACAUCACAGAAAUAGUCAAAUAUCUUGAAUUCUGCAUUCACUCUAGCCAUUGCGCAGAACCUGCUGUCCACAACUAUUUGAUCCAGCUCUACAGCGAACACUUCCGUGACAAACUUCUCACCUUUUUGGAAACCCAAGGCAAGGAACUCAGCAUGAUUAGUUACGAUGCUCACUACGCGCUGCGAAUUUGUUUGAAGCAUCAAAUCCGAGAUGCCUGUGUCUUCUUACAGACCCUAUUGGAUAUGUGGAUACCGGCGGUAGAACUAGCCCUAAACUUCGAUAUCCAACUCGCCAAACACACCGCAUCCCAGCCGACCGACAAGAACCUGCGCAAAAAGCUGUGGCUUAUCAUAGCUGAGAAGGAAAUCCGCGGCAAACAGGAACACGUCCAGGACGCCCUGCAAAUACUCAAGGAAUGUGACCUCCUACGCAUCGAAGACCUACUGCCGUACUUUUCGGACUUUCAGAAGAUCGACCACUUCAAGGAGGCAAUAUGCGAAUCGCUCAAGGAGUACAACCUCAAGAUCCAGGAGCAGCGCAAGGACAUGGAGGAUUCGGCCAUAUCGGCCGAGCAGGUUCGCAACAAGCUGCAAACAUUCCGCAACCGGUCCGUUACCAUCGGAGCCCAGGAGCAGUGUGCCAUCUGUGGGGUGUACCUGCUGAUGAAGCCGUUCUUCAUCUUCCACUGUGGGCACAAGUUCCAUGGCGAUUGCCUGGAGGCGAAACUGUUGCCACAAUUGAAGCCGGAACUUUUGCAUCAUUUGGAACAUUUGAAGCAACAGCUGACGGCGGCGCAGAAUCAAGCGCAGGAUACCGGAAGUGGAAUAGCCAACAGUAAGGAGCACCUCAAGAGUCAAAUCGAGGACAUUCUCGUGUCGGACUGUCUGCUUUGCGGCGAGGUUAUGAUAAGCACCAUCGAUAAGCCGUUUAUAGAUAACUGGGAACGGGUGGACCACGAUUGGCAGUAGUAGUACGUUUGAAUUACCAUGCGAAUAUUAUGUUACUUGUAAUAGUUCAUCAAAUAAGUCAAAAUAUAAUAUAUUAUUCUUUCAUUA